CUGAGCUGCUCUGAAGCCUCGGGCUGGGAGGCAGCCUGGGAAAGCCAAUCUCUAAGAGGGCAUGGCUCUAAAAUACCCAGUAAUAAAAGCCUGGAGAGCUGCGGCCUGAAAUCUGGAGACCAGCAGGAGGCACUGGGAACCUGCCAGCCUCUUGGGUUGCUGGUGGACUGAUGCCCCAUGGCAUCCCCUGCAGCCCUGCUCCUCUGCAUGCUGGUCCUGGCAGUCACUGAAGGCGGAGGCUAGAAGGCAGCCACCCCAGGCUGCCAUUUGCAUCCAUUCAAUGUGACAGUGCGAAGUGACCGCCAAGGCACCUGCCAGGGCUGCCACGUGGCACAGGCCUGCGUGGGCCACUGAGAGUCCAGCGCAUUCCCCUCUUGGUACUCUGUGCUGGUGGCCAGCAGCUAUCGGCACAACAUCACUUCCAUCUCUCAGUGCUGCACCAUCCGUGGUCUGAAAAAGAUGAAGGUGCAGCUGCAGUGUGUGGGGAACCGGAGCGGGGAGCUCGAGGUCUUCACAGCCAGGGCCUGCCAGUGUGACAUGUGUCGCCUCUCACGGUACUAGUCACUGGAAGUUCUAGCCCUGCUGUCCACUUGCCAUGGGAUUGUUUAAAUAAGGAGCUGCCCCAGCUGACCCUCUGAGCAGUUUGCGAUGGCCGCCUCGAGAAGAGGGGUUUCUGCU